GACGCGACUAUAUAUAACGUUGCCAGUGUCGUCUCAAACCUUCUUCUAUUCCUCCACUGAGCUUCGCAAACCUCCACCAUUAGUUUUCUCAUAGGACAGAUCUCUUACAUCUCUCUCUCUCUCUCUCUCUCUCUCUCACACACACACACACACAUUCUCAGCCUUGAGGGAGAAAGAUGGCUGAGCAGAAGAUGGUGGUUGAGGAUAACUGGACUAAUACAGCAGCCGGAGAUGUCGAUGGCACUCCGAAGAAACCGCCUCGGAAGAACAAGUUCGCCUUCGCUUGUGGCAUCCUUGCUUCCAUGAAUUCAAUUUUACUUGGUUAUGAUGUCGGGGUGAUGAGUGGAGCAAAUGAGUACAUCAAGAAAGAUUUGGGAUUCAGCGACGUGCAGAUUGAGAUCCUCGCGGGCAUCAUCAACUUCUACGCCCUCAUUGGAUCUGCCUUGGCUGGUCGGACUUCCGACUUGGUCGGUCGCCGCUACACAAUAGUCAUAGCUGGGGCAGUCUUCUUUGCCGGGGCCCUAUUCAUGGGCUUCGCCAUGAACUUUUGGUUCCUCAUGUUUGGACGCUUUGUGGCGGGGAUUGGUAUGGGGUACGCCCUCAUGAUCGCGCCUGUCUACACAGCCGAGGUUGCUCCCGCUUCGGCACGCGGCUUCCUGACCUCCUUCCCUGAGGUAUUCAUCAACAGUGGCGUGUUGCUUGGGUACGUGUCGAACUACGCCUUUUCGAAGCUCCCAUUGAACCUGGGAUGGCGAUUCAUGCUUGGGCUCGGAGCCAUCCCGUCCAUUGUGCUAGCUCUUGGGGUCCUUGCCAUGCCUGAGUCUCCUCGCUGGCUCGUCCUGCAGGGCCGCUUAGGUGAGGCCAAGCAGGUCCUCUACAAGACUUCCGACACCAAGGAGGAGGCCGAGCUGAGGCUUGCCGACAUCAAAGAAGCAGCCGGCAUACCCCUGGAUUGCAAUGAGGACAGAGUGCAGAUCUCCAAGAAGAAGAGCAGCGGAUCCGGCGUGUGGAGGGAGCUGUUCCUCCACCCGACACCGGCGGUCCGCCACGUGCUGAUUGCCGCUGUAGGCAUCCACUUCUUCCAGCAGGCAACUGGGAUCGACACGGUUGUUCUGUACAGCCCACGGAUCUUCGAGAAGGCCGGGAUCACAUCAUCCGACAAGAAGCUGCUGGCCACCGUGGCGGUCGGGUUCUCCAAGACUAUCUGUAUCCUGGUGUCGACCUUCUAUCUCGACCGGCUCGGGAGGCGGCCGAUUCUCCUUGCAAGCGUGGCGGGCAUGAUUGUAUCAUUGGUGACACUCGCGUCAGUGCUGGCAGUGGUCAACAGCCACCCGAACGAGAAGCUGAUGUGGGCAAUCAUACUGUGCUUCAUCAUGGUUCUGACCUUCGUGGGUUCAUUCUCAAUGGGGCAAGGCCCGAUCGCCUGGGUCUACAGCUCGGAGAUCUUCCCGCUAAGGCUGCGGGCCCAGGGAUCGGGCAUUUGUGUGGCUGUCAACAGGGCCACAAGCGGCCUCUGCUCCAUGACCUUCCUCUCCCUCUAUAAGGCCAUAACCAUUAGCGGGUCCUUCUUCCUCUUCGCGUCGUUCGCAGCCAUCUCCUGGGUCUUCUUCUACACUAUGCUGCCCGAGACGCGGGGCCGGACCCUUGAGGAGAUGGAGGUCCUCUUUGGAAGCUAUCACCGGUGGAGAUCCGUGGCGAAGAAACUCGAGAAAAACGAGAUUAGAGUUGUCACUGACAGGGACAAAAUCUGUAACAAUGAGAUCCAGUUACCGGUUACCGGGCAAGCUGAGAAGGCAGGGACCUAACUAGUAGCAGCUACUGUGCCAUUGGGGCGGGCAGGAAAAAUAAUAGUUCUUCUGUUCAUUACUUAAUCCACACCGUGAUGCAUAAUUAGAGGUCAACAUUAUAUUGCUGCUUGAUCUCUUCCCUAAAAUGGAGUGUUUCGGAUUUUACGGAGCUGUUGCUAAUACUUCGUCCCGACCAUUCUUGUGCCGGUUCUAAUUACUUCAAAGCAUUGUACCGGGGUCUACCCUGAUUACUGUUUUCGUUUUCUACAUGUUAAUAAACUCGAGCACCACCUGGUUAUGUGUGGUCAAUGCGAGGGAAGUUGAGACCA